GUUUUGGUUUUUUGAGACAUUGACAUUGACAUAGUUUGAGUCCAAGCCUUGUAGAUAUAAACUUGUCUGAUUAUUUCCUCUUGGUUAAAGUCAUGAUUAAAUUGGUAGAAAUACUUUCUAAGUGAUGUGACCUUUUCAGUGUAUCCAUCAGGAAGCUUAUGAUGUGAUUAUUACUGGUGACAUUAUGUUUGAUUACCUGAUUAAGGAAGCAUCUGCCAGGUUUUUCCAUUGUAAAGGUAUCUUUUGCUCUCCCUACAUUUUUCGCCAAAUGUAGGUAGCUUGUCUGAGAGUAGAGCCCAGGAUGUACUGGUAGAGCAGAGGGAAGUGAGAUGGGAAAGAAAAGGCAGUCCACGGAGCAUGCAUGGUCAAGCCAGUCACCACCAGUGGGCAACCAAACCUAAUUUGACUGGGGAACUUGAGCCAAUGUAGAACUCACAGCUCAGUGUUAUCCCACAAAGGGGGUAAGAAAUCUAGGGUCCUUAAACACCAGCUCUAGUCAGUCACUGUUAGAGGGCUGCUCCCAGGAGCAUCAUUUCUCUGACACUUCUAGCUUAGCAUGAACAGGUACAAAAAUGGGCCCUGGAUGCCAAAAAAGGCCUUCAGGUAAAGAGAUACAAAGGUUGGCAUUUGGAAGUUAGGGCAGGGUGCACUACUGUGGUAAGAGCUGAAGGGAUAAUUAGCAGAGCAUCCAUGGUAUCUCUAUAUCUGGGUAUCCCAGAACCUAGAGUUUGAGGCAAAAGCUUAUGGGCUGUUAUUUUUUCAGGAAGCAGAAGUAAGGAAAGGGGAAUUGAGGAGAGGAGAUUAAGUCAGUUCAAGAGUACAUGUCCAAGCUGGCUACCGCUUGGUAACAAGGUACAACUGACUGAUUUCCUAAAGCUGUCUCUCAGGAAGAUGUCUGAAGUACUGUGUCCCAGGACAAUACACCCGAAGGAAGAAGAAUUUCUCCCUCAGCGUCUGCAUCUUAUUGGUAAAAGAAGUCCCCCAGAAUCAGCAUGUCCGUGACUGAGGAGGCGAUUCUCGGAGGCCGUGGCAGCCAUCCUUCUGCUGGUGGCAGUUCUGUGUUAUGCUUUGGACAGUGUCAGUACACAGCAGAAGAGUAUCAGGCCAUCCAGAAAGCUCUGAGGCAAAGGCUGGGCCCAGAAUACAUCAGUAGCCGAAUGGCUGGAGGCGGCCAGAGGGUAUGUUACAUCGAGGGUCACAGGGUAAUUAAUCUGGCCAAUGAGAUGUUUGGUUACAAUGGCUGGGCACACUCUAUCACACAGCAGAAUGUGGAUUUUGUUGACCUUAACAAUGGCAAGUUCUACGUGGGAGUCUGUGCAUUUGUGAGAGUCCAGUUGAAGGACGGCUCAUAUCAUGAAGAUGUGGGCUAUGGGGUCAGUGAGGGCCUCAAGUCAAAAGCCUUGUCUUUGGAGAAGGCAAGGAAGGAGGCGGUGACAGAUGGGCUGAAGCGGGCGCUGAGAAGUUUUGGGAAUGCACUUGGAAAUUGUAUUCUGGACAAAGACUAUCUGAGGUCACUAAAUAAGCUUCCACGCCAGUUGCCUCUUGAAGUGGAUUUAACUAAAGCAAAGAGACAAGAUUUUGAACCCUCUGUGGAACAAGCAAGAUACAGCAGCUGUCGGCAGAACGUGACUCUGGGACCCCCGAAACCACAGGAGGUGACCUCCCCUUGCAAACCAAGCCGCUCAGAUGAUCCCCACCUCGUGAAACAGGAAGACAAGGCCGGCAGCUCCCGAAGCCUGGCCUCUGCCAUGGAGAGCGAUGCCACGUACCAGCGGAAGCUCCGGCAAAAACAGUUGCAGCAGCAGUUCCGGGAACAAAUGGAGAAACAGCAAGUGCAACUGUCUGCUCCAUCAGUGGAAAAGAAGAAUCAGGCAGCACCGCCAGCACUUCCUGUGAAGCACAGCACCCCCAUAACUGUUUCUGAACCACACACGGAGAAAGACUUCCUCACAGACAGUCUUGGAAUGUGGGAUAUGGAUCCAGAUGCAGGGGACAGUGAUGUGAAGCCCUUGUCUAGGCCAGAACCACUCCAGACCCCUGCCACACCAGUCCUGAAACACCAGGUGGUGACCUGGAAUAGGACCCCACAGGACCUCUGUCACCAGGAUCCACAAGCAAAAUCUGGACCCAGGCAACUCCAAACUCACAAUAGUAACCAAGAGAUAACAGUGAACUGUGAUUUCUAUGACAAGAACCAAGACUUGAAGAAAAGGAAACUGGAUCCAUCUUAACUGAGGCUCCGGUCACAUCAUUGGACUUUGUCACAAAAGGGACUUUCAAAAACUACUUUUUGGUCAUGAAAUUGUUCAUCAUUCCUAGGGAAUGAGCUUUAUUUCCAAGGAUUUACCUUGCUUCAUUCUGAACUUUACCUGAGGAUUUGAGUGUUGGAGCCUACUGCAGACAGAGCAGAGCAGUCAGAAAGCCCUUUUAAAAAGCUUGUCACACACUGCAGUGGGGAGGCUCUACGAUUGAACACCUUCUCUCUGGCUCUUGAGGCUCUUCUCUAUUUAUUCCUAAGCUCUUACAUUAGUAAGUAUAGGCAUUUCAGGAGUCAUCAGUGGCUACCUGCCUUCAAGCAAUAUAAGCCAUACUAUGAAGCACGGACUUUAACCACCACCUAUAUCACGUUAUUGUUAAUGUCUGUCUUCUUUGAACUUUAGGUCUCCACAUUUACUGCUGUCCACACCACACUGUGUAUCCUAAGAACAAAGACUAGAGUGGGGUUUCGCUACUUUGCAUCAAUCCAGCCUGCCAUCUUCAUCUAUGAUAAUCCCUCCUUUAUAGGUUUAUGAAGUCACUGUCCUGUGGUUUUUUUCCUUAUCAAGGGAAUGAUCUAGGACCAAAGAAAAGGCAUUUUAAGAAAGCAAAAUAAAUUCUUUUUAACAAAAAAUGUAA